AUGGCAUUUAUGGUGGAUCAACAAUCGAAUUUUAAGCACUUUUGUAGAAUAUGUAAGAAGGGUUUUAUGUGUGGAAGAGCUUUAGGAGGACACAUGAGAGCCCAUGGAAUAGGAGACGAGAGCGGAAACAUCGACGACGAGGAUCCGGCGGCUGAUUGGGAGGACAGGGGGAACGAGCCACCGGCGAACAAGCGAAUGUACGCGUUGAGGACCAACCCUAACCGGUUAAAGAGUUGCCGGGCUUGUGAUAAUUGUGGGAAAGAAUUCUUGUCAUGGAAAUCCUUCUUUGAGCAUGGGAAAUGCAGCUCCGAGGACGCCGAGUCGUUCUUGUCGUCGCCGGAGUCGGAAGGGGAGGACGGCACCGGACCGAGAGGGUGUGGGUGGUCAAAGAGGAAGAGGUCAUUGAGGGCUAAAGUGGGUAGUUUUAAUUCAACAUGUCCAUCUAGUGAGGAAGAAGAUUUAGCCAAGUGCUUAAUGUUGUUGUCAAAUGCUAGGGUUGAUCCAUUGGAAGCCGAGCCGGAGGAGUCUUGUGCUUCCGCUAGUAAGGAGGAGGAGAGGCGGAAACCGGCGGCUUUCAUCGCUCCGGUGGGGCUAGCGGCUGCCGGGAAUCGGGUAACCCUUGACAAAGCCAAAGGGGUUGCCAAAGGAAUGUUUGAAUGUAAAGCAUGUAAGAAAGUGUUCAAUUCCCACCAAGCAUUGGGUGGACAUAGAGCUAGUCACAAAAAAGUUAAAGGUUGUUUUGCAGCUAGAUUCGAUCAUCUUGACAAUAGUACCCUAGCCGAUGAAGAUGUGAUCACACAUGAAGAUCAAUUCUUGAUCCCGCCAAAAUCAACAUCAAGUCUACAAUUUGAUCAUGGCCCUAGUGCUGCAAUGGCUGGGGUUUCAAAGAGGAAAUCCAAAGUUCAUGAAUGUUCAAUAUGUCACAGAAUUUUUUCAUCAGGACAAGCUUUGGGUGGACACAAGAGGUGUCAUUGGAUCACUUCAAAUUCACCCGAGACGUCUUCUUUGGCCAAAUUUCAUCAGUUUCAUGAUGACAUUGAACAAUUUCAUCGAAGAAGCAAGUUUAGCAAAUCUGAGGCUGGGCUCGAUCUCAACCUCCCUGCUCCGGCUGACGAUAUGGCCGGAAUCCGGCGGGACCCGAAGAACCCUUUGAGCUUUGAAGUGUCUACAGAAAUAAACUUGCAAUCAUGGAUAGAUGUGGAUGCCAAAGACGAUAAUGCCGAAUACUAUGAUCAAAACAACAACGACCAAGACGAUCAUGAUAACAAGAACAACAUCAAUCAUAAUUCAAUGGAAAAUGUGGAUGAUGAAGCAGAUAGUAAAGUGAAGUUAGCAAAGUUAAGUGAGUUGAAGGACAUGAACAUAAGUGGUAGUUCCUCUCCAUGGUUGCAGGUUGGAAUUGGUUCAACUACUGAUGUGGGUGCUGACCCAUAAUUUUUUUCUUUUCUUUUUUAAACUUUUUUAUAAAUGCAAAUAUAUAGUAUGAGUAUAUAUUAAUUUGUAUAAGAAACUGUAAUUACAUGCAUAUUCAACAAGCACAUAAUUUUAUUCUUUUUGUUAAUGUAUUACCACCUUUUGAUGUAAUUUAUGGUGGGUCCAUAAGA